UCGAGGCUAGCCAGUGUGGUGACGCGAGGCUGGGGAACGGCUGGUGCUUUGUGGGGGAAACUGUUUAUAUACUUUUUUUUUUUACCCACCGCAGUUUGAAAAACGUGGACACAGCCAAGUGCUUCGACGUGAAGAAGGAAGUAGUUGUGAGGAUUGCUGACUUCAGGGGAGCCGAGCCCAUGUGCUGAGCGCCAGCGGCGGACCCCAGAGAUGACCGCGGCCGUGCUGGCGGCCCUGGCCGCGCUCUGCCUGGGCGGCGCCGCCACGGCGGGCCCCGGGCGCGCCGGCUGCGUCGCCGUCCUCCCGCACGACACGCGCCCCGGCUACAGCGUGGAGCGCCUGCGCGGCGACCUGCCGGCCAGCUACCGCCUCGUCCACACCGACGCCUCGCAGUUCUUCGCCGUGCUGGACGACGGCGUGGUGAUGACCACGCGCGACCUCGCGCCGCUCGUGGACCGCCCCGUCAGCCUGGUGGUGGUGGGCGAGUCGCCGAACCGCACGGCCACGCACACCUUGCAGCUGUACGUGCUGGACCGCCGGCAGAUGCUGCGGUUCGCCGGCACGGAGUCGCGGCGCGGCGAGGUGCCGGAGAACGCCCCGGCGGGGACCCCCGUGCGCGGACUGCCGCGGCUGGCGGCGCGCGGCGGGCCCCCGGCGCGCUACGCCAUCGUGGCCGGCAACGAGGACGGCGCCUUCGCCCUGCUCGACGAGCCGGACGAGAACGCGACGACGGGGGUGCGCCUGGUGACCGCCAGGCCGCUGGACCGCGAGACCACGCCCGCCUACAAGCUCGCCGUGCAGGCGGCGGACGCGCGCGGCAUCGACAAGGCGCUGACGACGGUGGAGGUGGCCGUGCUGGACGAGAACGACAACAGCCCCGUGUUCACGGAGCACGUGUACCGGUUCUCGCUGGGUGGCAACGCGACCUUGCGGAAGAGGUUCGAGUCGGUGGGUCGCGUGCGGGCGGUGGACGCGGACGGCGACCGGGUGGCAUACCGCCUGGCGGUGCCCAGCAACCUGGUGGUGAUCGUGCCGCAGACGGGGGAGCUCCUGCUGGCCGGCGACCCGUCGCGCGCCCAGGACGUGGAGUACGAGAUCUCGGUGGAGGCGCACGACCGCCGCUCGCCGUCCCGGAGCUCGGAGGAGCCCGCGCGCGUGUGGCUGCAGUUCGACGCGCCGCGCCUGCCCGAGGAGCCGCCGCACAGGAUCGCCAAGCGCCGCGUCACGCGCGCCGUGCGGCCCACCAAGAGGAUCGAGUUCACCGAGCAGGACGGCGAGACGGAGGGCCGCAUCGUGUUCCAGCUGGAGAAGGAGACGGAGCGAGAGACCUUCAAGAUCCGCGACGAGAACCAGUGGGUGACGGUGGAGCCGAACGGCGCCGUGCGCGUCAAGAAGAAGUGGGACUACGAGGAGCUCGGCCCCGAGAAGACCAUCGACUUCUGGGUCACCAUCACGAACGCUGGCGUUGGCGACACGGACAACCAGCGCGUCAUCAUCCACGUGAAGGACGUGAACGACGAGCCGCCCUACUUCAUCAACCGGCCGCUGCCGAUGCAGGCGGUGGUGCAGCUGAACGCGCCGCCCAACACGCCCGUGUUCACGCUGCAGGCGCGCGACCCGGACACCGACCACAACAUACACUACUUCAUCGUGCGCGACCGCACCGGCGGCCGGUUCGAGGUGGACGAGCGGUCGGGCGUGGUGCGCACGCGCGGCACCGACCCCUUCCAGCUGGACAUGGAGUACGUGCUGUACGUGAAGGCGGAGGACCAGAACGGCCGCGUGGACGAGCGCCGGUUCCAGUCCACGCCCGAGGAGCGGCUGUCCAUCGUGGGCGGCAAGCGCGCGCCGCAGUUCUACAUGCCGUCCUACGAGGCCGAGAUCCCGGAGAACCAGAAGAAGGACUCCGACAUCAUAUCGGUGAAAGCCAAGUCAUUUGCGGACCGCGAGAUCAGGUACACGCUGAAGGCCCAGGGGCAGGGGGCAGGGACGUUCAACAUCGGCCCCACGUCAGGGAUCGUGAAGCUGGCGAAGGAGCUGGACUUUGAGGAUCUCCGCCAGCCUCACGUCUACUCCUUGAUUGUCACGGCGACGGAGGACUCCGGAGGAUUCUCCACUUCCGUCGAGUUAACAAUCAGAGUGACAGACGUAAACGACAAUGCUCCCAAAUUCGAGCUGCCAGACUACCAAGCUCACAACGUGGAUGAAGACAUACCGUUGGGCACAUCCAUCCUUAAGGUCAAGGCCACAGAUUCGGACUCCGGGUCAAAUGCAGAGAUAGAAUACCUGGUUUCGGAUGACCACUUCAGUGUGGACUCGAGCGGAAUAAUAACGAACAACAAGCAAUUGGAUGCAGACAACAACAAUGCCUACUACGAGUUUGUUGUUACUGCUAAAGAUAAAGGCGAGCCAUCAAAGACCGGCACUGCAACUGUCCGCAUUUACACAAAAAACAAAAACGACGAGGAGCCGAAGUUUUCGCAGCAAGUCUACACGCCCAAUGUCGACGAGAACGCGGGGCCAAACACUCUGGUCACGACCGUGGUGGCGUCGGACAAGGACGGAGACAAUGUCCGUUUUGGUUUCGUGGGUGGCGGGACGUCGUCCGGCCAGUUUGUGAUCGAGGAGAUCACGGGCGUGAUCCGCCUACACGGGAAGAGCAUCUCGCUGGACCGCGACAAGUACGAGCUGAACGUGACGGCGAUGGAUGACGGGGCAUGCUGCGUCAACGGCGAUGCGACUGUCCACACCAGCACGGCAGUCGUGGUGGUGUUCAUCACGGAUGUCAACGACAACAAGCCGGUGUUCAAAGACUGCGGCACGUACUACCCCAAGGUCGAGGAAGGUGCCCCGAAUGGUAGUCCUGUCAUAAAGGUCCACGCCACAGACGAAGACAAAGGCGUGAACGGGCAGGUGAAGUACUCGAUAGUCCAACAGCCAAACCAGAAAGGAACCAAGUUCACUGUGGAUGAGGAGACGGGAGAAGUUUCGACAAAUAAGGUGUUUGACAGGGAAGGUGAUGAUGGCAAGUUUGUCUCGGUGACGGUGAAGGCGACGGACCAAGGGGAACCAUCUCUAGAAGGAGUCUGCUCAUUCACUGUCGAAAUCACUGACGUUAAUGACAAUCCGCCGCUAUUCGACAGACAGAAAUAUGUUGAGAAUGUGAAGCAAGACGCGAGCAUUGGCACCAACAUACUCAGAGUUUCAGCAUCAGAUGAAGAUGCUGACAACAAUGGCGCCAUUGUGUACUCUUUGAGUGCGCCAUCCAAUCCUUCAGAUCUCGAGUAUUUCGAAAUCCAGCAAGAGUCUGGCUGGAUUGUGCUGCGGAAACCUCUUGACCGAGAGACUUACAAGCUGGAGGCCAUGGCUCAAGAUAAGGGGUACCCUCCCUUGUCACGAACCGUGGAAGUUCAGAUCGAUGUUGUGGACCGUGCGAACAAUCCUCCAGUGUGGGACCACGUGGUCUACGGACCCAUCUACAUUAAAGAGAACAUGCCGGUCGGGGCAAAAGUUGUGUCGGUUAAAGCCAGCUCUGGGAUUGAUGGAAACCCAACCGUUUUCUACCGUCUCAUGCCAGGCUCCACGGCACAGACAAAUAAAUUUCAUACUUUUUAUUUACAACAGAGAGCGGAUAACGGUUUCACUUGGGCUGAUAUAAAAGUGAACCACCCGUUAGAUUACGAAACAAUAAAAGAAUAUAAUCUCACUAUUCGUGUUGAGAACAAUGGUGCCCAACAACUUGCUUCAGAAGCAACUGUGUUCAUCAUGUUGGAGGAUGUGAAUGACGAGAUCCCAUUGUUCACUGAACGUGAACAGGAAACUGUUCUUGAAGGUGAACCAAUAGGAACGAAAGUGACACAAGUGAAUGCAAUUGACAAAGAUGGAACAUUCCCAAACAACCAGGUAUAUUACUACGUGGUUGACUCGUCUCGGAACGAGGGGAAGGACUUCUUCGAGAUCAACUUGCAGUCCGGCGAGGUGUUCACGAAGAUUGUGUUUGAUCGGGAGAAGCAGGGUGCGUACGCCCUCGAAGUAGAAGCCCGUGACGGAGCUCCCUCUGCCCGGCCCAACAGCAACGGACAGCCCAAUUCAGGUAAGUCGCAGUUGGAGUUGGUAUCUGCGGGCCAGACAGUCUCCCUCGUCGGCAACCCCGGACCAAAGGUGAGUACUUAUAGGUUGUCUCGCGCUUAGAUGGCAGUGCAGAGGAAAUGGCGACCACUGUUGUCAGAUUGGUACUACUUGGCUUGUUAACACUACCAAUAUUUUUUGUAUGCCAUCUUAAAUUAUUGUAAGUUAUAAUAUAUGUAUUCUUUUAAUUCUAUACUUUGUUGAUUUUUCCAAACCAUCAAUUAGUUCGCAUUGGCAGUUUUAUUACUGUUGUCGUUAUUCUGGCAAAAGAAAAAUACUAUUCAAUGCAAAACCGCGAUUACUAUUUCACAGGAGAAACUAUUUGUAGCAUUCGGUCGCAAUUAAUAACAAGGUGUUCCAUAAAAUUGUGUAGCUACUAUGCUCAAAAGAGCGAGAAAAAUCUUAAUAUUAAAUUGUAUAAAAAUUGUCCACAAAACAGUUGAAACCAAGAUGGCGUCUUUCAAAUGCGACUUCCUAGAAAUAAAAAUUCAAGAUAAUGUUGAUAAGGUACGACAUGAUUUUAAAUCAUUUAUAUAUCAUUUACAAAGUUUGGUCUAUAACUUUUGUGCUCUAUGGUUUAUAUGUGGCAUCAGAGCGUAGCGUGAUAUAGACAUCGCUAAUGGCACAAAUCGUGCUUUGGAAAGAGAGAUUAAAUGUCCAUUUAAAUGCACACUGUAAACUAAGGAUGAGACGCGCUAUAGUCGUGGUAGUUCUCGGCUGCCUCGACACACGAGGCUCGGUUACACUAGCACGUGCUAUUAGGCGCUCCGGGCGCGGGCCGAUGCUAGAGGUGCCAGCCGUUCUUGAUUCGUUCUUUAGCGUUGGCAAAACUGCUGCUGGCUUUUUUUUAUUCAAGGACGCGAACCUUUACCACGUCCACCAAGCUGGUAUGAAACAAGGAAAAAAAAAGGUUUCAAAUUAAGUCCAUAUUGCCAUAUUGUGAUAACUUUUAUGGAUAAGAAUGCUAAGCUGUACGCAAAGUUAGUAUCAAUAAAAGACUUUUAAUUACAUGCAAAUAAAAUGCGAUAUCAGUACUUCACUUGAGCUUGCCGCGUAGAAAAAAAAAAU